AUGUUGGUAGCUCGACUUCCCGCUGAGAGUGACUAUCGAGAGUUUAAGAAGGCUAAGAGGAUGGCUUCACCUAUGUUGGGCUUCUCGGACGAGGAUAAGGUCGGAACCAUCCAACCCCAUGAUGAUGUUUUAGUCAUCACGCUCAAGAUUGAGGGAUAUGAUGUGAAGAGAUUGUUAGUCGAUCAGGGCAGCACUGUGGAAGUAAUGUACCCCGACCUAUACAAGGGACUGAAUCCGAAAUCCGAAAAUUUAACGGCAUACGACUCCCUUCUGGUAAGCUUCGAAGGGAAGACCAUUACUCCAAGAGGCCAGAUCAGACUGCCCAUACAAACAGGCUCGGACAUAGUGAAGGUGGACUUCAUAAUGGUGGACGCAUAUUCACCCUACACAGCCAUUGUAGCCAGGCCUUGGCUUCAUGCCCUAGGGGCUGUUUCUUCUACCCUGCAUUAG